AAAGGCCAGUUGUGCUUGUGAAGUUUUUUCUGUGCUUAACUUUGCACACUCAGACUCAUUUUUAUACACACUGGGUCUUCCCUGCACGGAGGGAUUUUAUCAACUUGGUUGCGUGUCUGGAUAUCAGCUGCUAAUGUGAUAACCGGUGAUAAUGACCAGAUAUUUGAGUAUCCUCAUUCUAGUUCUUCCAGUGGUGGCUCAGGAACUCCCCUCAGCCCCGCACGGCUGCAUGGACGGUAGCUGUUACCCGGCAACAGGGAAUCUUCUGAUUGGCCGAGCUAUUAACCUGACUGCAACCUCCACCUGUGGUCUGGAUGGACCUGACCAAUACUGCAUUGUCAGUCAUCUGCAGGAGUCAGAUAAAUGCUUUAUUUGUGACUCUAUGGAGCCAUACGACCCGUAUUAUCACAGAAACAGCCACCCGGUGGAGAACGUCAUCUACCAGAGAGACAGCAGAGGAGAUCUCACCUGGUGGCAGUCUGUGAAUGGUGAGGAGAAAGUCAGUAUCAGACUGAAUCUUGAGGCAGAGUUCCACUUUACUCAUCUCAUCAUGAAGUUUAAGACGUUUAGACCCGCUGCUAUGUUGAUUGAACGCUCUGCUGAUUUUGGCCUCACGUGGAGGCCAUAUCGCUACUUUGCCUACAAUUGCACCAAGACUUUCCCCAAAGUCCCCGCCCACUCCCUUCACUUUAUUGAUGAGGUCAUCUGUGAGGAGCGUUACUCUGACAUUGAGCCUUCUACUGAGGGAGAGGUCAUUUACAAAGUGCUUGAUCCGGCAAUCCAUGUCAAAGAUCCAUACAGUCUUGAGAUUCAAGAUUUGUUACGGAUCACUAACCUUCGGAUAAACUUCACUAAACUGCACACAUUGGGUGAUAACCUGCUGGACCGACGGCCUGACGUGCUGCAGAAAUAUUACUAUGCGCUGUAUGAGUUGGUGGUGCGGGGGAGCUGCUUCUGCUACGGUCACGCAUUAGAGUGUGCACCUGUACCUGGGGUCACCACCAGGGAUGCCGGAAUGAUUCACGGACGUUGCGUGUGUAAGCAUAACACAGUGGGAUUAAACUGUGAGCGUUGUCGAGAUUUUUACCAUGAUGCACCUUGGAGACCAGCAGAGACUGAUAAUGCACAUACCUGCAGGGAAUGCAACUGUAACGGUCACUCCAAUAAAUGUCAUUUUGACAUGGCUGUAUAUCUGGCUACGGGUAACGUCAGCGGAGGCGUGUGUGACAACUGUCUUCACAACACCAUGGGCCGCAACUGUGAGACAUGUAAACCUUUCUACUACCAGGAUCCAACUAGAGAUAUCAGAGACCUGGCAGCAUGUAUCCCCUGUGACUGCGACCCCGUGGGUUCUUUAGAGGGCGGAGUUUGUGACAGUCACACCGAUCUGGAUCUAGGGAUGAUUGGCGGUCAGUGUCGUUGUAAGCAGAACGUCAGGGGUCAGCGCUGUGACUACUGUAAAGAGGGACACUAUGGACUCAGCAUUAAUGACCCACUGGGAUGUCAGCCGUGUAACUGUGUCCCCCGGGGUAUCACAAUGACGGGAGCCCCGUGUGAUCAGAUCAGUGGGGACUGUUCCUGCAAGAGAUACGUGACUGGUCGCUACUGCAAUCAGUGUCUGCCUGAAUUCUGGGGACUGAGUAAUGAUCUGACUGGUUGCAGACCGUGUGACUGUGACUUCGGUGGAGCAACCAGCAACAGAUGCAUGAUGGACAUCGGUCAGUGUGACUGUCGGCCUCAUCUGAUUGGUCGACAGUGUGCCGAAGUGCAGCCAGGGUAUUUCUGUGCCUCUCUGGAUUAUUAUAAAUAUGAGGCAGAAGGAGCCAUCGGACGCUCCCCUGAUGACAUCACACUUCCAGGCAAGGUGAGGCCUCAGGCUGAGACCGACUGUGUGCAGCAUCUUAAUAAUCAGCUUAGAAGACAUCGCCGCCACCGGCGCAUUGCCACCACUCAGCAACAGAGGGCAGCACUGAGACGCAUCCGACAGCUGCAACAAACUCCCAGCGUGAGCACAGUGCACAGAGAGAGACAGCCCGGUCAAAUGGUCACAUGGACAGGGCCGGGCUUUGCUCGGGUUAAAGAUGGCGCUGGCCUUGAGUUUACCAUCAGUAACAUCCCUUACGCCAUGGAAUAUGACAUCAUGAUCCGAUACGAGCCAGAGUCUACAGAGGACUGGGAAGCAAUAGUGAGCGUCACGUCUCUGAAUCUGCCCACUAGUCUCCGCUGUGGAAACAUGCUGCCCACAGAGCAGUUGUACACAGUCACAAUGCCCCAUCACAGGAGGUAUAUUCAGAUGCCGAGGCCUUUCUGCUUUGAGCCAAACAACCACUAUGUGCUGUCCAUCCGUUUCCAGCGUCAUGGUGUCUCUCACCGACAUCUCACAGCCUUUAUACUCAUAGACUCUCUUGUGUUGGUACCCAAGUAUGAAGAGCUCCAAGGUUUCAAAGGAAAAGACGGCCCGGAUGAACUUCGGCGUAUGGAGAUGGAGCUGUACAUGUGUCUGGAUUCCUUCAUGACAAUGCCAAUGCCUGUGCUGGCCGAGCCUUGCACGAACCUCAUCUGCAGCAUCUCAGCUAUCAUUCACAACGGUGCCCUGGCAUGUGAGUGUGACCCUCAGGGUUCCCUGAGUACAGAAUGUAACAAAGUUGGAGGUCAAUGCCACUGUAAACCCAACGUUAUUGGCUGUAAAUGUGAUAAAUGUGCACCAGGGACAUUCGGAUUUGGGUCAUAUGGCUGCACUGUAUGUGACUGUCACUCACAAGGGUCUCUUGGACAUCAGUGUGACCCGGUGUCGGGCCAGUGUCCUUGUCAGCAUGGAGCGAUUGGGCGUCAGUGUUCGGUGUGCCGGCCGGGUCAGUGGGGAUUUCCCAACUGCAGGCCGUGCCAGUGUAAUGGACAUGCAGAGAGCUGUGACCUUGAAACAGGUGAAUGCUACGACUGCAGAGACAACACAUCAGGGCAGCUGUGUGACAGUUGUAUGAAUGGUUUCUAUGGAAACCCAUUAUUGGGUUCUGGCGAACACUGUCGACCCUGCCCGUGUCCAGGCCAUCCCGACAGUGGACACUCGAAUGGAUCAUCGUGUCAUGCAGAUUAUUCCUCCAACCAGAUCCUCUGUCACUGUAGUGAAGGAUAUGCAGGUCCACGCUGUGAUCAGUGCGGCCCUGGUUACUACGGUAACCCCGAGCAGCCCAGCGGGUUGUGCCGUCCGUGCCAGUGCAGCGGGAAUAUUGAUCCCCUGGACCCUGAGUCAUGUGAUCCACGCACCGGCCAAUGCCUCAAAUGCCUGUAUAACACAGGAGGCCAGUCCUGCUCUGUGUGUAAACCCGGUUACUAUGGAAACGCACUCGCCCAGGACUGCAGGCGCUGCACUUGUGUAACCGCGGGCACUUUAGAAGCGUACUGCACUGAUGGAGUGUGUCACUGUGAUAGUCGCACUGGCCAGUGUCCCUGCAAACCGAAUAUCAUGGGCCACAACUGCGACCAGUGCUCCCCCAACCACUGGAACUUCGGCUCAGAGGGCGGCUGUGAACCCUGCGGAUGCCCGCUUCCAAAUGCCCUCAGCACCCACUGCAACAUGUUCAGCGGUCAGUGUCAAUGUCAGAUGGGUUUUGGAGGGAGGCAGUGCAAUGAGUGCGAGAUGUUCCACUGGGGGGAUCCCAGAGUGCAAUGCGAGGAGUGUAAUUGCAACCCGCUGGGCUCAGAAAUGGCUCAGUGCAACCGCGUAACAGGAGUGUGUCAGUGUAAAGACGGAGCUGCUGGACGUCGCUGUGACACGUGUGCCCGUGGCUUUACCGGAACCUUCCCCAAAUGUGUUCCCUGCCACCCCUGCUUCAAUCUGUGGGAUGAUGCCGUGUGCCAGGUCCGCCGGGAUCUCACCCAUAUCAAGGAUGUUAUUGCCAAGAUUGUGGAGAAGGUCGAGGUGCCCGGCAUCAGCGACGCCCGCAUUCGGGAUUUGGAGAAGAAGCUGGAGCAUGUGCAGGAUCUGAUACGAGAUGGAGACAGAGAGGGAACCUUUAACUUAAUCAGCCAAACUAUCGAUGACUUGAGAGCUGAGAUAGCUUUCACCGAUGGCCGUUUGAUGGGUGUGAUUCAUGAGCUGAAUGUGACGGCAGAACACGACAAUGCUUUGAAACGUAAUCUAACAGCAUUGGAGGGAGAAUUGAAAGACUUGUAUAAUACACUUCAACAAAUGCACAAACAACUGGAGAACUACCUCACAGCUGGGUUGGAAGAGAAAUUUGAGAAUGUACGCAAGUAUUACCAGAGUUCACUGAAUUCAGAACUACGCUGUAAUGCGUCUGUAUAUGUACCCGAGAGUCCAGUAGAACAGUCUCAGGACACACGCAAUCGUACAGAAGACCUGCUGAAAGAGAACAAGGACAGCUUUCUGCGUACACUCGCUGCCAACAAUAAGUCCCUGUCUGAGCUGGACGGAAAAGCUCUUGAGAUGGAGCAAAAGGUCAAGCGCCUAAGCAACAAGGUUUGUGGUGGUCACGCCAAUACUAGUGCAAACAGCAGUUGUCCAGAUAGUCCAUGUGGUGGUGCUGGUUGCCGUGACAAUGAAGGUGCGCUAAAGUGCGGAGGAAGAGGAUGUAACGGCACCGUCGGUGCAUCAGUGGUGGCCCUGGACCACGCCGAUGAUAUUCGGACAAACCUGACCGCUGCUAAUGAAGAAUUACAAACAAUGCUUAAAAAGCUUCAAGACGUCACUGCACUCACCCAAAACGUGAAGAGGCAAGCAAAGAGCACUCUUGAUAAAGCUCAGACCAAGAAGGAACUCUUUGAGAACUCCAACAAGAAACUGAAAGAAUUCAUUCAGAAGAUCAGAGACUUUUUGAUGGAGGAGGGAGCUGAUCCAGAAAGCAUAGAAAAGGUGGCGCAGCAGGUUUUGGCCAUUACCCUUCCAGUCAACAGGACGGUGGUUAUCAACAUAGUCCAGCAGAUCAAAGACAACAUCGCCAACCUCACCAACGUGGAAGGCGUGUUCAACCAAACCUCAGAGCACCUGGCCAAAGUCAACGAUUUGCUUAAAAGAGCGCAUAACGCCAGUUCACGAGCAGAGAGAGUGGGUGACAAUAUAAAUAUAACUAAAGAGGCACUUGAAAGCGCUCAGGCAGCCAUAAAAAAAGCUGAGGAUGAAAUGAACGCAGCGCUGGAGAACCUGAACACUGCCCAGAACAUCACAACCACGGUUGACAACAAACUUUUACAUCUCAACAACAAUCAGAUGGAUGUUAUGAUGCGAUUGGCCAAUUUAUCCCAUGCAGUGGAGUUAUUGAAGAAUAAAACAGAGCAGAACAGAGAGAUGGCAAAAGAUGCUAAGGCGCAGUCAGUUAAUGCUACUCUAGAAGCAGCUGGACUUCAAGAGGAACUAACCAAUGCUGAGAAUCUGUAUAAUGACCUAAAGGAGAAGGUGGACUCUGUGGGUGGAGCAGAUGGAAAUGUUAACCAGAAAGCCACAGAUAUGAAAAAAGAGGCAGAGGAACUGCUCAAUAAAGCCACCAAGGGCAUGGAAACCCUUAAAAAACUGGAGAGAAAGUUACAGAGGAAUGAACAGAAGAUGCAGCAGCAACAGGACGAACUGGCAGAUCUGGAGAAAAAUGUUACAGAAAUCAGAGAAUCUAUCCGCAUUAAAGUCAUGAGCUACAACAACUGUCAGUAGAGAUACUGAACUACAGCCAAUCUGAAUUUACAAAUAGACUACCAAGAAUUAGUGACAAGAGUCCUGCAAAAAUGUCAAGUUUAAAAAUGACUUGCGGAAGUGAUUUAGAAUAUCCAAACUUUAAUAUAAAACACCAGUUUGUGGAAUUGGGCUAAUUGGGUAAUGUUCAGAUUGUUAUCUGAAAUGACGGUGUAUACUUUAUUAAGAAAUGUAAAUGAAGUUGUGGUAAACAGUUGCAUGUUUUUUACCAAUAUCUGAUUACUGCCAGUGACAAAAUGUUUAUUUUCAGGACUGAAACAUUUCAGCAUUUAGUAAUAAAAAAUAUCAUAUUGAUGACAAAUUUGGAAUGAAGCACUAGGUCGUGUUUUACCAAAUGAUUGCAGACGCAGACCUUUGCUGUAACCUACAGUAGCUAUUGCACAAAUGCAUAUGUUUACACAUUGUGCCUAUGCCCAUAUAAUGUUGAUCUAUAUUGAGUCAAAACAUAUGGAUGCAUUAAACACCUAUUAUAUCGAAUCGAAAAGAGGUUGUUUAAG